AYAAACAGAUGUCUUUUGCUAAUAAUAGAGAGUUCUAGAAGAAACAUGAAAAGACGUGCCUUGUAAUACCAUAGCAACAAUGUUUGCAGAUAUUGUGGUAUGUAAUUAUAAGUAAACAGCAUCAAACGCCUUCGUAGUAAGAGAUAUCUCGAGAGCGCUCCGAGGUCAAAAAUCRUCCUCAACUGACCUAAGAGGGAAGUGAACUAUUCGGUGGGGAAAAUCUAUCGGUUUUUUUGUGUGUGUCUUUUUCUGGUGAGACUGUUUCUUGGAAAUGAAACUGCUACUUGGAGCUUUAAUCAUCGGUGUUACAUAUUUCGCAUAUGUCUCCUCUCUCAACUGCUGGAUGUGUAGGAAUGGAGCGGCGUCCUUUGACCUCUGUGAUCAAAAGAAAGAAAGGGAAGACUGUGGAGCCAUGCUGAGGUGCGGUACAUUUUCGUAUAUACCAAAACCAAACGCAAGUAGAAUCUUCGGGAAAAGUUGUACAACCAUCGAGYUGUGUAGUGGGAACAACUCCUUCUGUAAAUAUAUUGGAGAGCAAUGCCGAGUUCAGUGUUGUGAUACCGAGCUGUGCAAUUUCCAGAAGGGAUUCGCACCUACCUCCCCACCCCUCCCCCUCACAACGGUAAUAACAGCAGCUCCAACUACGAAGCCGACAACUACGAAGCCGACAACUACGAAGCCGACAACUACGAAGCCGACAACUACGAAGCCGACAACUACGAAGCCGACAACUACGGAGCCGACAACUACGACGCCGACGGAAAAACCGACAGUGAAGACAAAGGAACCGACAGAAAAGCCUUUGAAUCCUUCAAAAGAUCCUCAGAGUGGAGAAGAUGAUGAAGACUGUAGCUGGGUURAUGGAUCUGCAAGUUCUGUCACCAACAACGUCUUCACUAGUAGAAUGUGCUUGGUUUUACUUGCUAUUUUCCUUUUGGUUUUAUAAACACGAAAAUCGCAUUGUGAAUUCACGUGCUGAAUAUGUGGUGGUACAUUGGUCACGUGAUCAAUCCAGCUCACGUGUUUAGCACGUGAUAAUGCAAAAGUCACAUGAUCGACCAAACUUACGUGGUUAACUCACGUGAUCGACAAAGUUACUCGUGUUUAGCACGCGAUAAAUGCAAGUCACAAAAGUUCUACCAAUUCAACUUUAAUUUUGGUCACUCGCGUGACCUUUGUACUAUCACGUGCUAAGAACUUGAAUCAUCACAUGCCAUACGCAAUAUCACUUGCUGAGCACGUGUACUAGUUGAUCACGUGACCAAUGUACCAUCACACCUUGGUGAUCACAUGAUCGGCCAAGUACACUUGUUUAGCACGUGAUAAUGAUCAAGUCACGUGAUAGACCACAUUUCGUGUAUAUCGCGUGAUACUGAUAUACAUAGUGCAGUUUUCG